CAUCUCCAUACAGACAUGCUGAUUGUUGUGUGUGAUGGGCUGUUGUGAGCUGUCUUGUUAUCCGACUGUGCAGCUUCUCUGACUGAUUGAUUUCUGUGCAGCCACGCUGGCAUGACAGUGAAAUAAAUAAAUGGCCGACACCAUUAGUCCGGAGAAUGCAGGGGAUCUCCAGUCUCAAAUCGAGGAGAUUGAGGCACUCUCCUCCAUAUACGGCGAUGAAUGGUGUGUCAUAGAUGAAGCAUCCAGGAUAUUUUGCAUCAAAAUAUCCAGUGACUUGGAGGAGCCAAAACUGACCGCAUGUUUGCAGAUAAUUCUCCCACCUGAUUAUCCAAGCGCUGCACCGCCCAUAUAUCAGAUUAAUGCAGCGUGGUUGCGAGGCCUGGAGAGGAUGACAUUGGCAAACAGCCUGGAAGACCUUUAUGUAGAGCAUGCAGGUGAGAGCAUCCUCUUCCUCUGGGUGGAAAAAAUCAGAGAAUUUCUCAUCGAGAAAUCCCAAAUCACCGAAACAGUGGAGCAACCUGAAAAGGUGAAAAUGACAACUGAGGAGGAAGUGGAUGAUGAUGAAGAUACACCAGACCUCACGACUCUGAGACUGAACACAGAAAACGCUCAUCUCUUCAUGGAUCAUGCAAACGAUGAAGAAGUACCUCCGAUAAAACAUGGAACAACUAUCACAGACCGACGCAGCACCUUCCAGCCUCACUUAGCACCUGUGGUGACUCCCAGACAGGUUAAAGUGGUCCUGGACAAGCUGUAUGAAAAUAAGAAGAUCGCCAGUGCCACUCAUAACAUCUAUGCAUACAGAAUUUAUUGCGAGGACAAGCAGAGCUUCUUGCAGGACUGUGAAGAUGAUGGCGAGACUGCUGCGGGGGGGAGACUUCUCCAUCUACUACAGAUUCUUGACGUGCGUAAUGUCAUGGUGGUUGUGUCUCGAUGGUAUGGGGGAAUAUUGCUGGGUCCGGACCGCUUUAAACACAUCAACAACUGUGCCAGAAACAUCCUCGUCCAGGAAGGAUACACGUCCUCUGCGGAUGAAACCGCGAAAUCAGGAGGGAAGAUAAAAAAAACACGAAACAAGAAGACCAAAUGAAUCCAGGAGGGAGAAAAAAAUGUAAUAAUAAUAAUAAUGAUAAUAAUAGUAAUGCUCUUACUUGGUGCCACCUGGCAGUUUAUUUGGCAGGUCAUUUUAGCUGAUUCAGAGACAUCCCAACAGAGUUGAUCGGGGAAUUAUUUUCAAUAAAAAUGAUAAUCUUGGUAAAGCCAUUUAUUUUUGGCAGUUAAUGAGCUGUCACAUCAUCCCAAAUACCCCCAGGUGCCCCAGGGCUAUAAUCUCGUCUUUGAUUCUGGAAUUAAUUUAUAUUGAGGAGGUGGUCACUGUUAUCUUGUUUAGAGGAAUGGAUUUUAUAUUACUCCCUUUGGUUUGAGAAGCCUUGCUGUGUUUAUUGCCAUGCAGUGCACAUGUUUACAUUAAAACAAUAAAGCCUCGGGAUCCAUA